UCCAAACUAAGAUGCAUUCUGCAAGGCUCCCUCUAUACGCCCCCACACCUUCAAUCAAAACCACAAAUCCAAGCCCAAGGCUAUCAAGUUUUCACACAACAAGUGCACGGAAGUCCCAUGAUAAUUCUCUUGUAUGCAAAGCUUCUAAUUCUUCAUCAUCUUCUCCAAUCACAGACUUUGAUCUCUAUGAUCUUCUAGGCGUUGAUAGCUCAUCUGACCAAUCACAAAUAAAAGUGGCAUACCGAGGAUUGCAGAAGCGGUGCCACCCUGAUAUAGCUGGCCCGCCCGGCCACGACAUGGCCAUCAUACUAAAUGAAGCAUACGCUCUUCUCUCUGAUCCAACUCUACGUUUGGCAUAUGAUAAGGAGCAAGCAAAGAUUGAAGAGUUACGGGGUUAUACAAGCAAACCUAUGUAUUCAGUAUGGUGUGGAUCAGAGAAUGAACAAAGAGCCGUUUUUGUUGAUGAAGUCAAGUGUGUUGGUUGCUUAAAAUGUGCCUUAUUUGCAGAAAAGACAUUUGCUGUUGAAUCCAUUUAUGGAAGAGCAAGGGUUGUUGCUCAAUGGGCUGAUACUGAAGACAAAAUCGAAGAGGCCAUAGAAGCAUGUCCAGUUGAUUGCAUCUCCAUUGUGGAGAGGUCCAACUUGGCAGCCUUGGAAUUCUUAAUGUCCAAGCAGCCACGUGGCAAUGUCAGAAUUGGUGCGGGCAACACAGUGGGUACUCGUGUCUCAAACAUCUUCGUCGACGUGGAGAAAUUUCAGGCAAGGUUUAAGGAAGCAAAUGAUAAAGUUUCUAAAAACCAUUCCAAGGAAUCAGACAUCCAAAGAGAAGCAAGAAUUUCUGCUAUUCAAGCGGUCAGAUCAAUCUCAAAUUGGUUGUACUGGAAAUCACCCAAUGCAGGAGGAUCUAUGUCACAUAUUCACCAAAAAUUGAUACCAAUAACCCGAAGGUCCACUGAACCAAAUAUCAACAAGCUUCGAGGUGCUGCUGCUGCUAGAAAACAAGCAAGAGAGACUGGAAAGCCUAUUCGCAAAGUCUCAUUGAAUUAUAUUUACAAGGAUGAGUAUUGGACUCCAUCAACUCUUGUCCUUCCAGAGGCAACCAAGAACAGUCCUACCUCUAGAGCAGCAUCUGAGCAAUCUCCUUCUACGGAAUUGAAGAAACUACACAAUAACAAUUUUGUGGAUCAAAAGAAGAGUCGGAGCAACCUCUUUGUACAAGGUGUUCCGCUGGGAGCAGCUAUAGUGGCAGCAGUUAUAGUUCGGUUACAGGUGGGAGAAGGGGUGGCUGGUGGAUUAGAAGAGCAUUUGGGAGGUUCUUUAGUAUUGGACAUUGUUAAUAGCUCCUGGUUACAAGUUAGCCUAGCAGGUGUUACAUGGUAUCUCAUUGGAAUGGCUAUAAUAGAACUACUAGAGAGCCUUAAAAUUAAGUUAGGAAUGUAUAAGAAAUAGGGAGGUCACUUAACACAUUGGUUAAUAUGUAGCUGAUCUGAAAGUACAAAUUGCAAACAUGUAAUUUUAUCAAUGUUAUACUUGCUGUAUAGAGGGCUGCCUUGAACAUGAACCUUUUUUGCCAUUUCCAAUUUCGGAAGGGAUUAAAGUUGGGUUCUACAAAGAAUUGAUCUAGGAUCUUUCUCAAACUAAUAGAUAUUUGUAUUUCAAUAAGAAUUGUAUAUGUUGUUAUCAUCUUUGCAUCUCUAUUGGAUGCCAGAAUUUGUGACGGAAUUCAAGUGCC